GUGAGGUAGUUAAUGUCAACAAAAUGGCGGACAGGCGGAAAGCUUCAGGCGCUGCCCCCGAGCCUGCAGAAACAGAUCGACAGUUUAUGGACAAAAACAAUGUGAAUGGAUUGCUGAAGGAUCUGUUGACGAAACUUAUUUCUAACAGACCUGAUGAUCCAAUCAGGUUUAUAGCAAACUAUUUUGAGAGCGUGACUCUAGAAGACCCAGCGAACGAUCUGGUGAACCGAGCGGUCCAGGUCCUGAGUCUGACCCACCACAGCCGGCCCGUGUUUGAGAACAACGUCCGCUCGGCUUUUCUCAUCCUCAGCAAACACAAAGUCAAUAAGAGACUGCACGGCGUAAACGGAACAAUUCACGGGCAGCUGAUGCAAGCCUUGUGCCAAAAUAUUCCGUCAGCGGUGACCAUUCGUUUAUUCAAACGUCUGGAGUGUUCUGAGCAUGAGGCGAUCACCUACGACGUGUUCCGCUCCUCAGUGUUCACCUGCUGUGUUCUCAAUGACUACGCGUCGCUGGCGGCGAACUUGUUCACCACGCUGGACAUACAGAAGACGGGCAAGGCGGACAAGAAUCUGUGUGAGUCCACGCUCGAUCAACUCCGCACCGCUCUGGCCAGCUCGAGGAAAGAUGUGAAAAGGAUCAUGGAGUCCAGUUACAAUUUAGCCCCAGAGGGACUGUAUCUUGCCUUGGAACGAGUGAAGAAACUCAAGUGACCGACGGGAAGGACUUCCACGACUUCCACAGACAGGAAGGUCUUACAGAGACAGGAAGGACUUACACGACUCUCACACUUUCUUACAGUUCUGUUUUUAUUUAUAAACUUUGUGCCAUGGCUCUGAGGAUUUUGGUUCGAGUCCAUAAGUCAUAUAUUG